CAUUACUUCAGGAAACCGUUUUGACAGCAACAAAAUGUCUUCAGGAAGUUUCCGCUGGCAGUCGAUGAAGUCCAUGCCCACGAAGAGGGUGUUUGCAACGCCAGUGACGUACCAGGACAGCCUGUAUGUGGUGGGGGGAUGUGACGAGAAGGGGGCACCUCUGGACAAUGUGGAGGUGUAUGACAUGAGUGAGAAGGAAGUCAAGUGGAAGAAGCUGUCACCAAUGCCGACGAAGCGAGCUGGUCCUGGUGUGGCAGCAGUGAAAAACAAGAUCAUAGUUAUUGGAGGCGUGUCGGAGGCCCAGAACCCCCUCGAUGUGGUCGGAGUGUACGACAUAGAUAAGAAAGAGUGGACGACGGGAGAAAGCAUGAUUGAACCGCUCCUCGGAAUGUCUGUAUUAGUGAAAGAUGGGAAGAUUCUUGUCCUUGGUGGCAUGGGAAAAGAUACAAAUCCUAAUGACUACUUCUUUGAGUUGGACGUUGACUCAGAUCCAUUCAAGUGGCGCCGUUUACCUGGGAUGCCAACACCCCGUUAUGCCUCCGCUACCUUCUGUAUCGGAUCCGACCUGUUUGUUAUAGGUGGACGACAGGGUAAGAUUCCCACAGAUGCAUUUGAGGUGUAUCACUUCGAGACCAAGAAGUGGGAAAAGCUACCACCUGUUCCUAGCAAGCGGGUGUUCCCGAUGUACACGACAGAUGACACCAACAUCUACAGUCUGGGGGGACUGCAACAACCACCCGACCUCGGCUUCUCUGAUGUCUGUGAAGUCUUCAGUGUAGAGAAAAAAACCUGGAAGGUGGGCACCCCGAUGCCUACGAAGAGAGGUGAUAUGGCCGCUGGGAUUGUUGGAGGAAAGGUUGUAUGUGCUGGUGGACUAGGUAACACUGGCAAACCUCUGCAAGUUGUAGAGGUAUAUGACCCUGCAAGCAACACAUGGACGGAGAUCUCGAACCUGCCAACCACACACUGCUCAUGUGCAUGUAUCAUCUUCAAGAACAGGCUACAUGUGAUAGGUGGUCUGUCUCUGAAGGGGCCCAGUUCCUGUAUGGAGGCCCUCAGCUACUCCUAAGCCGUGCUGGAUGCUGUAGGGACACAGCAGGGGUUUCUCAGGUCAUCACCGCCUCUCUUGCUCAUCAUCAGCUGUAGUAGACAGACAUGAACUCUCCACAGUUCCUGGCUGUCCUUUGUGGGAUAAAGUCUUUGGCAUUUUGGAUUUUAUGUUUCAUGAUAGUGAAGAAAAUAAAUUGAUAAUUUUUUGAAAGGAAAUAAUUCAGUCAGGGAAAAUAUAGGUUCCAGGAUCACCUUUGAUAUUUUAACACAUUAACCAGUCAUCUUUAGGCAAUAUAAGAAUACUUUUUCCUAUGCUAUGAUGAAAAUCACUUAUCCGAUACAAAAUUUGUCUCUAGAAAUAUAUCUUGUCAAAUAUUUCAUUUACUUUCCUGCAGUAUUUGCUGGGGGCUGUGUGCAAUAAGUAGGCAGGGAGCUAUGUUUCCCCAUCAACUGUCUUAUCCAGCGACUGCUGACAGCACUGCUUAGGUCUCCAAGACUUGUUGCUACUUAAUGCAUGAAACCAUCCUGAAGUGAAGUAUGUAUAAAGUAAUGAAGCUGUUUUUGUUCUACAUUCUUGUGGCAGCACUGCUGCAGCCUACUGCUAAGAUAUAAUGUCACGUAUAUGUAUGUGGCGACUAGUGGAAUGAUGAUGGUUACAGAGCUUCAGAUAAAGUGAAACUAUGUUAGUCCUGUUGACCAACCCUCCAGACAUCUCCAUGCUGUACGUCAAGACAUCAAACAGGAAGUGGUUCAGCUUUGAUUAUUUUUUUCAUUAAUUUAUCACAAGUCAACUUUGUUUACUUUAAUCAUACACAGAAUAACUAAUUUUGUUAUUGAUAAAUCGUGAAACUUAAAUGUUGAUAUAUGGAUACAAAACUUCCCAGUCGGUAACAUCUGUAGAGAACAGUUGAUACAGUUUUCAGUUGAUUGGACAUCUGUAGAGAACAGUUGAUACAGUUUUCAGUUGAUUGGAACAUCUGUAGAGAACAGUUGAUACAGUUUUCAGGUGAUUGGAACAUCUGUAGAGAACAGUUGAUACAGUUUUCAGUUGAUUGGAACAUCUGUAGAGAACAGUUGAUACAGUUUUCAGUUGAUUGGAACAUCUGU